AUGACUAUUGAUGAAUCAUUUAGUUCAGAUGAUUUAGUGGAUUCUAAAACAAAAACUAGCAAAAAAACUUCAAAAUCGCCAUUGGAAUCCCCAAAUUCAGUUACUUCUCUCACCAAUCCAUAUACAAAAUCUCAAGAAAUUGAUAAUAUUUCAAUUCCUAGCGUGAAAAGCUUAAGGCCAAAGAAGCGAAUUAGAAAGUCCAAAGCUUCUACAGGACCUAUUUCUAAUUCUAAAACACCUUCUCAAUAUAACGAUCCUUUUGUUUCAAUUGACUCUUUUGUCGAAGAUGAUGACAAGAAAUCAGUUAAAUCAACAAAAUCUAGCAGAUCUAAGAAACAAAAAUUACCACCUCCACCAAAAUAUAUUAAAGAAGAUGCAAAUUUGGACAGAGAUAUUUUUGAAUUUGAUAUUACGAAAUCAUCUACUGUUGCUGUUAACGAUUACCAACCAGCACUUAGUGUAGCAUCUCAUAAUAGCUUACAAAACGAAAAAGGACUACUUUCAUCAGGUUUGGAAUUAGAUAUGACGGGAGAUGAGCAAAGUAAGGGGACUCAAUCAUUUGUCAAGUCAUAUCUCGGAAAUAUAAAACAAAAGGCAAAAAAUAAUCAAAAAGAUACGAAAAAAUUUAACGACGAUAAUCCAAAUCUUCCGCCAACGACAUUCGAUAACGAUGAAAUUUUAGAGGAACCUAAACGAUUAAGACCACAAAAAUCCCGACCUUCGAAGACAUCUCAACUUAAAUCUCGAGUUUCUUUCUACAGUGGUCAAGAAACACCGGAACAAAAUGAAACUCAGUCUCUUAGAACUCGUAAGAGAAGUAGAAAACCUACAGAUAACGAUUUUGAAGCAAGUUCAGAAUUGAAAUCAAUUAAUCGUAACAAAACUAAAAAUACUGAUGAUAAUUAUAACUCUACAUUAACAUCCCGAGCAAAUCCUUCGAAAUCAAAAACAGAUACAAAUAAUACUCAAUCAACUUUGCCUUCGAAACUAGAAAAGUCACGAGAAACAUCAAAACCAGAUUCAAAAACUUCAUUACGAUCAUUGAUCGACUCAAAAUUAGGGGAAGAUAAUUUUGAUGCAGAAUCUGAACUAAACACAAGAGGAACUAGAUCUAAAAAUAUAUCAACACCAGGUACUUCUCCAGAUUCCCUUAAAUCACAACAAAAACCUUCGUCUUCAACAAAAGCUGAAAAAGAUACGACAGAUUUGAAAUCACUAGCGGUACAAGAUCGACGAAAAUCAUCAGUAAUAGAUGAUGGUAGCUUGGAAACUAAAGCUAGUCCACAAAAUCAGAGAGAUUUAAAUUUAGAUGCUUCAUCAGAGCUAAGAUCAAGACUAAAUUCAUUAAAAGCUAAACAGAAAUACACUGAUACAAAUACAAUUAACAUUUCUUCACAACAAGGACCAAGUAUCCAAUCAUAUCAAACUUCAACUUCAUCAAUUAACACAAAUGCUAAACCAAACGCUAAUUUACCGGAAUCAUAUGAUGCAGGAUCCGAAAUCAAUACGAAAUACGAGAAAUCUUCUCCGAAAUCUAAUUAUUCUAAUUCGACAUUGCAUUCUUUACCACAAAACAGAUCAUUUAAGUCAAAUGAAUCAACAAUGAACCUAACUACACAAGUAAGAUCCGAAAAGUCACCAGAAACAGAAGAAGCGUCUUCAUUAUUUACAAAACUCGAUAAAAAGUCAACUUCCAAACUAAAUGAAAGCAACUUUGAUGCAGGAAGCGAACUAAAUUCACGUCUAUUGAACACAAGCUAUUCAAAAGAUACUAAAAAUGAUGAUUCUUUGUUUACUUUACAAAAACCGCCGGCCGGAAAGACAACACAUACAAAAGGCGAAACACUUGAAUCAGAUUCAUCGGAAGACUCAGAUUUAGUUACAAACGAUAAACUCACUUCAACAAGUGAAAUGAACAUUGACAAUGAUUUAGAUGAUGUUGAUUCAUUGGAUUCCAUUUCAUUCGAAACUAAUCCAGAUACAGAUUCAAUACAUCAACGAACACAUGAGUCAUCAACAGUGUUUACAGAGGAUAGCUCAAAGAAAUCAUCACUUUACACAUUUAAUACUUUCAAGAAACAAAAUACAGAUAAUUCUUUGGCUGGUUCUGAGAAAGAUUCUUUACAAACAAAAGUAACAACAGAAAUAUCAAUUUCUGAACCAUCGGAAACAUUGACAACCAUCAAACUAUCACCUGUUAAAUCAUCCACAUAUAACAAUUAUGAUGAAAACACAGAUAUAAAUUCAAAAAUUUACAGAAAAUCAAAAGAAAAUGAUGAAAAUAAUGAUGAAGAAAAUUCGGAUUCUUUGUUUACAAAAGAUGCUCAAAAACGUGACUUAAAUGAAGAAUCAAGUAAAUCAUUGAAUUCAAACAAAUUCAAAGAGAAACAGAAAAGAAUGGAGCAAUUAAUGAGUGAAUUGUUGGAAUCAAUAGAUACACAAGAGCCAACACAAACUAAAAAGAAUACUUAUUCAAUUGUUCAAGACACUAUUUCUGUUAAUUCUGAAAUGAAAUCGAAGAAAUUGUCACAAGAAUCUUCAUCAGAAGGUGAAAAUUCAAUGAAUUCCAAGUUUGAUAGUUAUAAAAUUGUUUCUUCUGAUUCAUAUUACGAACCAACAGAUUCAUUAGAAACACAUUUCAAGAACAAAAACAAAAAGGAUUCAACUGUUGACACGAAAGAAGAGUUAAAUACAAAUAUUGAUGAAACAAGAUCAACGAAAUCAAAGUCUACAUUGACAUUUGAUGUUUCAAUCAAUUCCAAAUUAAAUGAGAAAUCACAAAACAAAGAAAUGAGUUCCCAGAAAACAAUAAACAGUUUGUUGACAAAUGAACAAUCAGAGAAUACUUUUGAAGUAACAGAAGAAGACGAUGAAUCAUUAGUUUCUCAAAGAAGGAAAAAGAAACUCAAAUCAGAAACGGAAACAUUCGAUAUUUCAACAAAUAUUUCUUCAAAAUCUUCUCUUUCUGAUUCAGAAUCAUAUGAUUUAACUUUGAAUUCUUUGAAUAACAUGAAAUCUGAUGUUUCUGAUUCUAAAUCAAAGAGUGAUUCUGAUUCCAAAUCAAUGCUAACUAACAUGAGUAGUGAAUAUGAGAGUUUGGAUAUGGUAAUAUCAGAAAGUUCUAUGUCAUCAAAGAAAGACAAAAAGAAGAAGAAAGAAGAAGAAUCUUCUGAUUUCGAUUUGUCAACAUUUAUUUCUGAAGAUGAUGAAUCAAAAUCUAAAUCAUCUACAAGUGAAGGAAUGACAAUUAACUCUCAAAGAUUCUCUAAAAAUGAUAAGACACAGACAAAAGAUUCUCAAUCUAAAUCUCUUUCUAUGCUCACUCAUUCAACAGAUAGUUAUGAAUCAUCUUCUGUUGACAUGUCAAAUUCUUCAAUUGUUUCAUUGAGAAAGAACAAAAAGAAAAGAGUUUCUCAUGAGUCAUCAAUUAAUAUAUCAACACAAAAUGACUCUUCACAAUCGGAGAAAACAAAUACAUCAUCAACUAAUGAUACAAUUAACUCUAAUCUGUUUAAUAAUAAACAGAAAUCGGUGAGAUCAACACAGACAUCUGAAAAAGCAACGAAUUCGAUGUCAACAAAUCAACCAAGUGAAUAUGACAGCCAAUCUGUUUCAUUCACUAAUUCAUCAAUGAUAUCUUUAAGCCACAAGAAGAAGAGGAAGCGGGAUUCAGAUACUUCUUCAUUGGAUGUUUCAACACAUACAUCUAAUUGGAAUGAAAAUAUUUCUUCUGGAACAAUUACUGUUGACACAAUUAAUUCUGAAUUAAACAAAGCAGAUAAAUCAAAAUCAAAGUCAACAGAAACAAACGAAGAAACACUUAAAACUGGAGAAUAUUCAUCUGAAUACUCUGAUUCUAUAUCUAUUGAUACAGACUCAUUGUCAUCACAGAAAAUUAAACCAAAGAAAAAGAAUUUGUCAUCGAAAUCCGAAAUCACUGAAACAGAGAUGAAAAGUGACAAUUCACUUUGGGAAUCCGUUUCAGUUAAAGAUGUUAUGAGUUCUGUUCCGGAAACAUUGAAUUCUGAAGGUCACCAUGCUGCCAAAUCAAGAGACCUUUCAAUAUCUAAUAACAAUUCUUCCAAAGAAAGUUCAAUGAAGACAGUUUCUGAACAAGAUUCAGAAACUUCUUCAAGAGAUACGGAAAGUUUCAGUAUCAGUUUAGAUUCAAAUGCUCCUAUAAUGAGAAGAACAAAGAAGAAAGCUGUGGAAGCUCCAGAAUCAUCAAUAGAAAUAGAAUCAACUAAUUCCCAAUGGGAUCCAACACAAACAUUCACUCUUUCUAAUGAGAAAUCAGAUACUUUGAAUUCUUUGAACGAAAAAGGUGACCAAUCUGAUCCAAAUGAGUUCACAUUAGUUUCCCAUAAAUCUCUACAAGAAAGAGCAUUAAGUACAAUAGAUACAGACUCUAUAACAUUUGAUGAUGACAGUGAAGAACUCAACAGUCAAAUGAGAAAGAGAAAAGUUAAGAAGGAUGAUGACACAGAAAUUUCUGAUUCAACAAUUUCCAAAGAUUUGAUAUCGAAACGUAAUUAUUUCGAAGAAAAUGCUGAUAAAUCAGAAUCAGACAUUGUUUCAUUGACAAUUAACUCAAAGAACGAAGAACAAGAAACAUCAGAAAUCACAGAAAACGCUCCAUCAAUUUAUGAAAAAAUGAAUCAAAUUGGAAUUGAAUCGAGUUUAGUUUUGUCUAAUUCUGAGUUCUUGAAUUCAGAUUAUAGGAAUCUUGAAACAGAAACAGAACCUUUGGACUUCUCUGAUUCAGAAUCAAUCAAUUCCGAAUACAAGAGAAGAAAAGAGCCAAGAAAACAACUUGACAUGGCUUCUUCUAUUCCUGAAACAUUGACAUCAGAACCAUUAUUCCAAUCAAGCGAAUGGAAAGUUGAUUCUGAUUAUAUUUCAGAGAAAGAAGAUAAAAGAUUUGAUGACAACUAUGUUUAUGUUGAUAGAACAUACAGAUACAAUCCAAGUCCAAUGGAAAUCAAGUUCUAUCAAAGAGUACAAGCGGAAUCAAUGCAAUCAAGAAGAGGUUUGGAUUUCUUCUUUUCGGAUUCAGAAACUCUUGAAGAUGCUGAUCGUAAAAGAUCCGAAUCUUCUUCAAGUAUUUCGAUGUUGACAUUAAACACAAUGGAUAACAGUGAAGAUUUGAAUUCAUCAACAAUUAAAUCCAUCAAAAGUUACAAAGAAAACAAAAACCAACCUAAAGUUGACAGUGAAACUGAAACUGAUUUAGAUAAGUCAUAUGAUAUCAAUUCAAAAUUAAACCAAGAAUCAGAAUCGACAACAGAAUCAAAUGUUAAAUCACUACAGACAGAUUUCAACAAAGAACCAUUCAGACAUAAUAUUUCUGAGUCAACAGCAUCAUCAUUCCAAACUGACCAUAAAAUGGAUGAACCCGUUUCUUAUGGUUCAUUUUUGGAUGACAUUUAUACAAAGGCAAAUUUGAAGGAUAAAAGUGACACAAUUGCUUCAGAAAAAUCCAUUGUUACAAAGACACCUACAGAACAAUAUGAAUUGACUUCAAGUUCAAUGAUGAAAGACUUGAAUUCUAAUAAACUCAAUCCAGUCAACAAAAACCUUCAGACGAGAGAAAUAGAAGAAACAACAGAUGAUGACCAAACAGUUAUAACUGCAGAACCUUCAUCGGAAUCAACACCAAAAUCAAGUGUUACUUUCCAGUUGAAUUCAGUUUUUGAGAUGAAUUCAUCAUCAGUAAAAGAAGAAUCAACUGAAAUCACUAUCAGAUCAAAAGAAGAUGAUUUAGAUUUCGGAAUACCGAGUUCCGAAAUAGAAUUACAAUCAAUAAAUGUCAACAAAGAAGAUAAAUUUAAUACAACUGAAGAAAUUUCGAAACAAAAAGUGACAACUGAUAAAGAAAACACACAAGAUGAAGAUUUCACAUUGUUAUCACCUGAGACAGAAACAUUUAAUCCUAAAUAUAUGUCAGAUAAUGGAUUAUCAUCAAUCAGAACUGAAAAGCCUAAAAAAGAAAAAGUUUUGGUUUACAAAGAAAGAGAUAUGAAUUCUUCAAAUUUCAGUCUUCCAAAAGAUUCAAUGGUUGAUUCUUAUUCGGUCUCAACAAACACUGAAAUCCUUUCUAACGAGCAGAUUCUAUUCCCACUAUCAAGAAGACCAGCAAGUGCAAUAUAUGAACAAUCAACAGAUACAAUUGACAUCAGAUCUGAACAACCAAAGAAUAGAAACAAGAGCGAAAACAGUACUUCAAUUAAGUUGACGACAGAUACAUUCAUAAGUACUUCCACUGAUUCUAAAACAAUGCAGUAUAAUUCUUCACUUAUGUCGAGAGUUAAUUCUGAACAAAAAGCAAGAUCUAAAUUCUUACAAAAUAUGUCUUCUUCUGAUUCAGAAACAGAUUCAUUAUCAACCAACAAUGAAGAAGAAGAAUUUGAUGUAGAAUCAAGACAAAAAUCUUUGAUUUCUCUUUCAAACAAAAAGUUUGUAAGUUCUGAAUCAAACAUUAAAUCAGAAUUAACAACACAAACAUCACAAUCAUAUAUAGAAUCAGAUGAUGAUUUGUGUUCAUUAGUUUCAGAUGAAAACUUGCCAAAAGACAGAGAAAUUUCUCUUUCUACAUCUAAAACACAAACAAUUUCUGUUAAAACUAGAAAUCCAACAUCAGAGUCAAGUAUUUCUGACAUUAAUUCACUUACAACAGCUAAAAUCACUCAAAAAGAAACAAUUGUAUCUGAUGAUAUCAAUUCUUUAGAAACUAUUACUUCAACUGAUCAACAACAAAACGAAAUAAGUGAUCAAUCUAAAACACUUAAAUCAGAACACUUAAAUGCUAGAAAAGAUUUAAGUUCAUCAUCAAAAGAAACUUCAUCAAAAUCAAUUGAAACAAAUUUUGGAAUUGAAGAGAUUAAAGCAAGAGAUGUUGUUCUAAAUGAAGACGAAUUGACACUUGAAGAAGCAAGUGAAAGAACAAUUAAAUCAAGAGAUUUGGUUUUCUCACAGAAAAGUGACAACAUCAUCACUUCAUCUCAAACAACUACAUCGAAUUCUUUAACGAAGAAUUCAUUGAUGACAAAGAAAUUCAGUUCUGAUUCAGAAACAAAUGAUGAAGACACAAAAAUUUCGAUCAAAUCGAUAAUUUCAACAAGAAAACACAAAUACUUGAAUGAUGAUGAAGAUGAAUUAAGUUCUCUUGCGACAGAAGAAGAUGGCAUUAAACAGAAUGAUGCAAUGUAUUCAGAAGCACUUAAAUCUCUUCAUUCCAAGUCAUUGGCUGCUUUUGAGAAACUGAAUUCUUCAUCUACUUCUAAAUCUAAUAUGUCUGAAAUUGAAACACAAACAACUUUUGAUUCCGAUAAAUCAACAGAGGAAACCAAGAGUGAUAUCAAUACAAUAGUUUCAGCAAAGAAAUAUGUUCCUGAUAGUGAAACUGGUUCUGAUUCCAUACAAACAAAUAAUAAACAAAAGAUUGAAUCAGAAAGUGACUCAAAAUUAAACAAAUCUUUAGUUUCUCGUAAAACAAUGGCGAAUUUCGAUUCUGAUUCUUCAUCAGAUACAGAUUCUGAAUUAGCGUCAUCGACAAAAAGCAACAACUCUGUUAAUGAAGAAUCCAAAUCAAUAGAAACAGUUCAAGAACGUCAUAUCCCAGUUGAAUCAAAUUCAAGUUCUAUUUCUAUGAAAGAAAAAGAAGAAAAGAUGUUAUCAGCAGAAAGUGACAAUGUAUUAAACAAAUCUUUAGUUUCUCGUAAAACAAUGGCCAAUUUCGAUUCUGAUUCCUCAUCAGAUACAGAUUCGGAACUAGAAUCAUCAACUAAAAGUGAUAUAUCUGUUAAUGAGGAUUCAAAAUCAAUAGAAACUGUUCAAGAGCGUCAAAUUCCAGUUGAAUCAAAUUCAAGUUCUAUUUCUAUGAAAGAAAAGGAAGAUGAAAAUUUGUCAACUGAAAAAUUGACAAAUAAUUCACUUCAAUCAAAGAUUUCUGAACUAAAAACACAAACAAAUGAUGAGACAGAAACAACAGUUGAUACAAAUACAAUGGAUAUCAAAGAUGUGUCAGAAUAUGAAGAUAAAAGUGAGAUUAGAACACAGAUUUCGGAGAAGAAAUUUGUUUCUGAUUCACAGGUUGAAAAUGAAGUUUCAAUUAAAUCUAAAUCUGACUCAAUUGUUUCUGAAAUUUCUGACAUUAAAUCAGUACAAUCAAAUCAUCAGACAAAACAAGAUGAUUCUUCAGAAACAACAAAAACUAAUAGUGAGUUACAGUCACAAACAAUAUUAACAGAUAAAACUGUUCCUGAAACAACAAACUCCGAAUUAUUCUCAGAUAAAUUCAACUCUAAAACUGAUUCAAUUUCAAACAAUGAUAGUCUAAAAAGUGACAAAUUUAGAGAUGAUAGUGAUGAUGAAUCCACAAGAGUUACAAUUGUUUCACAACAUAAAUCCAAAUAUUUGAUUUCUACAUCAUCUUCUUCAUCAGAUAUAGAUGAUGAAAUCCGAUCACAAAGUGAAGAAAAUUCUGCUUCAGAACAACAAAAAUUAACAGAAAUUAAUUCUCAAAUUGAAGAAAGAUGCAUCAAAGAGUCACAAAGUAACUCUUCUUCAUUCAUUUCCAAACCUAUUUCUACAACAACAUCUUCAAAUGUUUCAAACAAAUCUCUUUUAUCUCAAAAACCAAGAAUUGUUGCAAACUUUGAAAGUUCUGAUUCCGAAUCUGAAGAAGAACAAAUUAAAUCAAAUUCAUUUGUUCCAAAUCAGAUCUCUUCAGAAACUAUGGAUAAAGAAAUCAACUCAGUUGUUGAAAGAAAAAUUGAUGCUGAUUCAGAAACAGGAUCAAAUUCAAUAAAUACAAAGAAAGAUGAAGAAGAAAAUGAAAGUGUUUCAUAUCAAUCAAAAUCAUUAGUUUCAAAACACAGAUCUAAAUAUUUAUCUUAUUCUUCAUCUGAUGAAGAAGAAAUUCAGUCACAAAGUGAUUCUAAGUCAUAUUCAGAAGUUGUAGAUAACGAAGAAGUUAAUUCCAAAGAAAUUAAACAAGUUCCAAGAGAGUUAUCAAUUGUUUCAAACAAAUCAAUUAAAUCCAAACUUAACUUUGAUUCCGAUGAAAAUGAUUUAACAGAAAAUUCAUCUAUUAAAUCAGAAGAUGUUUCUCAAAAUGAUGAAGAGGAAGACAUUUCAACCAAAUCCAUUUCUUCACAUAUUUCUAAGUAUCUUGAUAAUGAUGAUGAAAAUGUUGAUUCAAAUGAUAAAAUUAGCUCCAAAAAAGAAGAAAAAAUUGGAAAAUUGGAAUCAAUUCCUGUUUCAGAAACUUUAAAUACAAGAGAAGAAUCUGAUUCUAAAUCAGAAGAUGAUGAAAUUGUUAAAUCAAGAUCAAUUUCAUCGAAGUAUUUCGUUCAUUCAGAGAAAGAAGAUGAUAAUGAUUAUGAAGAAGAAAUAGCUUCAAAACAACAGACAGAUGUCUCAAAUGAUUACUCCAAAUCUAAAGAAAUUGAUUCUAAAAUGGAAAAACACAAUAUAAGUGACACAAAUCCUGAUUCAAACUCAAUCAAUAUGAAACAAAAUGAACCAAUACAAACAUCAGAAACUGAAGAAUCAAAAUCAAUUUCAUCAAAGGAAUCAAAUCAAUCUAGAUCAGAAAUAGGAACAAUAAGCAGUUUAAUAACAAGUGAAUCCGGCAAAUCAAUACAAGAAGAUACUGAUGAUGAGUUUUUAUCAGUUUCAUCGCAGUCCAAACAUACAUCAAAAUAUUUAGUCGGAGACGACGAUGAAGAACAAGAUAAGUUUAAAGAUAUAGAAGUAUCUGAGUCGUCUAAGUCAAGAACAAAGAAUAAAUAUGAUGUGGAAUCAGAUGAUGAUAGUUCUUAUGAGUCAGAAGAGAUCUCGUUAUCAGAUAGCGAAGAAGAAGAUAAAAAUGAUUCGAAUUCAGAGCCAAUAGUUGCUAAUACAAUAGAACCAGGAGAUGAAUCAAGUAUGGCAUUUGAAAGCGAUCUACCAAACAAAAAGACUUAA